AUGGCAAGAGGUAUCCGGGGACUGAGGAGAGCGGUACUAGAAUGUAUUAAACAGUUACCCGUCACAGCUGGCCGAGAAACACCUGAAAGGAUUGGCGUAAGGUAACUGCUGUUCAUGUUUUAUGUACAAUUGUAAAACAUGAAAACUUGCAAAUUACUUUUUUUUUUUUUUUACCAUAAAAAGUGCUAGCAUUAGCCUACCUACAGUUCGCAUUUUUCUCGAUGAAGCUAAAGUUCGCUAGCAGCUUGUUUGCUUACCUUGUCUCAGCUGCUUUGUGUCAAGCCGGUCAAUGGGAUUUUCUGGCUCAUAAACUAACUUUAGCAAACAACUUUAGUUAGCUUACUUAUUUAAGUUAUCUAACGUUAGCUAACAGAUUCUUAUAGCUAGCCAAACAUGUCCUUUUAGCUAACUGUUUUGACAACUAAUUAGGGCUGCUGCCUGAUUGCUAAACGUUAGCUAUGGCAGGGUUUCAUCAUGGCUACUCGGGACACAGUGGGCCCUGGGCAUGUGAGGUGGGUUACAAGUUCUGAGAAUACCUCUAUAAUCACACACUUUAUUUGUAAUAGUUGGUGGAAGAUUUGGGUCAUGGGAGGAUGGUCAAUUUCUCAUUUGGUUCUCGAACUGAAAACACCGACAGGUGUUCUUGAAAGCAUUGUAGUUGAGGUUUGCUACAGUUUGUGCAAAUUGUUAUUUUAUCAAUGGCAUGUUUACUUUUGGAAGGCUUGUUGGCUAGACUGUCUACUACCUCCUAGUAUCAGUCAGUGCCUGGCUGUCUCUGCCUCUGGCUGAAAUGGUUAACAUGUCAAAGGCAUUCAUCCAGUUAGCUAAGUGGCUGAAGUUAUAGAGAUAAGUCUGGACAACUUCCAUAUCGCCAGCUACCUGUGGUACGCAAUCUGUCUUUGGACAUUAUCUGGGGCUUAACGCCUCGAUCACACCGACAGUGUGAUUUUGCAAAAUGGUACACGGCAUCAUAUGGAUAUGUGUGCAACAAAAGUUCAACAUUCACCUUAUGCUACCAUUUUAUGUCAAGCCUCGAUCACACCAAGUGUUUUUGUGCAACAUUUUAAGCAGUAUCAUCUGGAUAUGUGUUCAACAUUCACCUUCUGUUACCAUUUCUGUCAAGCCGUCUUCGCAUACAGUUUGACUCAUACGUUCGAUAAAUCCAACAUAUGUAGCACACAGAACGCACUGCAACGCAAUGCUGCAAGUCAAAUGCAGCGUUCCAUCUGAAACGAAUGUACUUCUGGUGUACCAAAAUGCAAUAACACUGUCGGUGUGAUCGAGGCAUAAAGAUGCACUAUGCAGCAAUCGCUCCGUCAUUUCCUGGUGGCUAAAAUUCUAAUCGUUGCCUAAUUUAAGUUUGUGACAGAACAAGAAUCAUUGUACCAUCCUAACCAGCUGUGAAAUAUAUUUUCAAUAACCAAAAAUAUUGUAUUUUCAGCUGUGUGAAGCAGGUGUACAAAACCGAAAGUAAAAGGUGCAAAAACGAAACUUGAUCAUAGGAAGUAUAGAAAUAUUGCUCAUAGAACAGAUCUACACUUAGAUGUGCUUUCAAUUAGAAUGACAGAUCUAUAACUCACAUUUCUAUGGGAGUUUGGUUGGUCACCCAAAAAGUUACAUAUUGCAGCUUUAAGGGGCUACAGGUUUUCUUUGUUUGCCUGGCUCUCACAUGCAUGUGUUAGGUCACUGCCACUUACACCUCAAUCACACCUUCAGUGUCAUUGCGCAAAAAGUUAAACAUUUACCUUCUGCUACCAUUUCUGUUAAGCCAUCUACGCAUACAGUUUGACGCAUACAUUCGAUAAAUCCAACGUAUGCACUGCAACUGCCUCUGCAACGCAAUGCUGCAAGGCAACCGCAGCGUUCCAUUGGAAAAUAAUGUACUUCUUGUGUACGAAAAUGCAAUGACGCUGUUGGUGUGAUCGAGGCGGUAGGCACUGCCUAGCGUUUGAAACCAAACUCCUAGUUGCACUCCUCACUAUGCCAGGAGGAUGUUUAGGAAGGUGCUAAAUAGUUUAUAAUUGCACUGGGUCUUAGGAGUUCCCAUUCAAAAACACACUGCAUCUGCGCAGUAGGCUAAUUCAGUAGGUGCUCUUAAUCUGACUAUCAGUGUCUUAAAAUCCUAUGUGGAUUGAAGUUAAUUGAACUCACAAUUUUAUAAUUCCUCACACCAUUCAGUGCUACACAAAAUAACAACAUCACGCUGCAAAGUGACAUAAUACCCGAUCUGGUGGUGAUAAUAACUGUACUGUAGUCCAAUCAUGCCUCCCCAAUGCCGGCCUCCAGGGACGUUGUGUCCCCAUGUGUCAAUCACCAGCCAGGUGCAGCGGUGGCUAAGCUGCUGGCACCUGGCAGAUGGCCAUCAUCUGUUUCUGUCAGGGACACAGCUGCCACCACAAGCAUGUUCUCCACUGACGCUCCUCUCUCCUCAGCCAGACAGAAUGCAGCUAUCAUGGCUUUCACUAUGAUCCCACCGGCUCCUACUAUUCAGUUAUUUGGGAUUUACAGCAUUUCAUUUGAUUCAGUUGUCCAAUUGUUGUGUGUAUUGGUGUGCAUAUUGCCUUUCAUUGGAAUUAAACCACUGUUUGAAUAGUCCUAGGUGUGUGUUGAGGUUGUCCUCUGAGUCAGACAGAGAUUCCCUAAGGGGCAAAGGUGUUUUCUGACUCAGUCUUUUUUGCAAGUUUAAAAAAAAGUUUUUAUUUUCCUGGGGACUGGUUUCAACCACAUUAGCACAGAGUGAGAAAGUAGGCUAUGGUUGUCACUGGGGCAGCAGCAGUUGCAGGUGUGCUCACCGUGCAGAAUUCAGUGUGAUUGCUUACUGAACUGGAUCUCAACUGAAAAUGUGACAAACCUGGAGGACCCUGUGUCUUUCUCAGCUUCAAGCCUCUGUAGCUGACAAUCCUUUCUUUGGGCUAGUCACAUAGAGGGGAAAUCCGACCCUAGUUAAGCGGGCGUAAAUGGAAUGUAGCUAAUUUUCUUUGUUAUGCACUUUUCUCUCUGCCUAUUCUGACCUUGAACUUAAACAUGAGAAUAGCAUGCUAUAGACCCGCUAUUCGUUGGGGGUGGAGAUCGAAUAAAUUAGGGUGUGUCUACAGAUACGCUGUAUUCUGACCUUGACUCAAUUCCACCACCUUUACGUGCGAUGAAUAAGGUCGAGCAACCUGUCGGUUCCAAGUGGAACAAAUAACCCCAUUCUCCUGUACUGUAAUUUACAACUUGAUAAGAGGUAAAGGAGUAAGCAGUUCGGAUAAGGGGAUUGUAAAUAUAAAUGACAAUUGUUUUAGAUCUAUUUUACCUUAUGGUCGCUGGAGACAAAUGUGAAACCAGUCACAUGGCAGCAAACUGAAGCAUAUCAACACAUCACCUUUUCCACAGUGAAGUUUAAGAAAUGUUGGCCUUAUAACUUGGGAUGAAAUUUGGAGACAUUUACAUUUUAGUCAUUUAGCAGACGCUCUUAUCCAGAGCGACUUACAGUUAGUGAGUGCAUACAUUUUUUUUUCAUACUGGUCCCCCGUGGGAAACGAACCCACAACCCUGGUGUUGAAAACGCCAUGCUCUACCAACUGAGCUACACGGGACUACAAGCUAUAGGUUUCUUUAGCCAAGCGCAAAUGAUAGUAUAGUGCCAAACCUACUGAGUUGAUUUAUGAUUUCUAUAAUGUUUUAAUUAUAUGCCCAGACUUUUCACUGUAUUUUUAGUUUGUUUUACAGAGCAAAAUUCCGCAAGUAUAGCCAAGGCAUGUAGUGGUUGACUUUGCAUAUUUAUAGUUACUGGUAGCUUGUGGAAAGGGAUUCAAAGCAGUUGAUCUUAGUAACAAACAAACACUACCUGUUUUCACCAGAAAAUGUCCUGUUCCUUUUAUCCGUUUUUUGCUGUGUGGAUGUAUUGGCCCCUUCACAUGGUUGUUUGUUUUGUAAACGUCUGCAGUGUGAGAACAUGAGCUCAGAGACCUCUGAUGAACCAUUGGCCACUUACAUUGAUCUUGACAUAGUCAGCUUUGAUCUAACUUUAUUAAAAGCGCACCCUGCAGGCUCUGACAACCUGCAGCAGCCGAGUGUAAAGUUUAGAAUCCCGUACAUACGCAGAAUGUUUGGUUGUUCAGCUAUUGGGAAGAGGCAUCCAGAGAAUUCGGCCAUGCAGCCAGUCUGUACAUAGGAAUUCGACACUUAGUAAUUGGCCCCUUAGAAAUGAUUGUGAAUGUGACGCUGAGAUGUGACAAUCCAGUGUGUCUGGCAAACUGGCAAAUGAUAGGCCCUUAUGUUUUUCUCAGACUCUGACGCACCUCUCUCUCCUUGUUUUGGAACAGAUAUCUCUCCUCAUGUGGGAUCCUGAUGACGCGGGUGCCACCCCUCCUGGGGGUCAUGCCCGGGUCCAGAGUCAUCGUGGCCCCCACCCACUCCUUCUUCAACCUGGCUGACACCUUCAACAAGAGGAAGGAGUACUCCGAGAGACGUAUCAUGGGGUCAGUCACUGUGCCUCCUCCUUGAAAUCAGACCUGCCUCUGCCUGGGUUCAAAUACUGUUUGAAAUCUACUUUAGCCUACCUGGAAUGCCAGGUGGUCAUGGUUUGGGAGUUUUCUAUUGGUUCCAUUGCAACAGGCAAGUUCACUGGAGCACAGACAAAGUAGCCUAUUUGAAAUUAUUUCAAAUAGUAUUUAAACCCAAGUCUGCCUCCUAGAAAUGAAUAUAGAUACUCUGGUUUCUCAAUGUAUUAUCUGUCCUGCUCCCGCCAAUGACUCUCUCACGUAUCCAGUGAAGGUCAUAAUCACUAAAUCUUACGCUAUUUAAAGCAACCCACUCUGUGUCCAGGCUAGUUGCCAGGCUGUGAUGUAAUGAUUGGGUGGGAAAUUGCAAUAGUCUGACUGGCUGAAUUUAGUUAGUCCCCGGGCCAGUUGAUACAUGGGGGCAGAGAAUGUCAAUCAUCACUGUUAAGUAAGUCUUCUUCUGUUGACAACCUCCACCUACAUUACAAAUAGAAUUUAACUUAAGGUCAGAGUUUAGAGGACUAUUGGGUUAUAUGGGACUCUUUCCUCCUUCCUCUGUUAGAGAUGUUGACCCAGGCCUCUUCUCUUUGUCAGGUACUCUAUGUUGGAGAUGUAUGAAGUGGUAGCUGGGGUGGAGAACUACCUUCAUUUCGUUCCCUGGUGUAAGAAGUCUGACGUGGUGUUCCGGCGCUCAGGAUUCUGCAAGGCCAAGCUGACCGUGGGCUUCCCCCCUGUAGUGGAGAACUACACCUCGUUGGUCACCACAGUGCGCCCCCACCUGGUCAAGGUAAGGCACUGCAUGUAAUGUCUGGUAUCUCCCACCACUACUGUAUCUGCAGUGAGGGUACCUGGAUAGGUAUAAGGUGAGCAGCUGUGAUGUAGAUGGACACCGGGUAUGUUCCAGGCUGUCUUAAUUGCAGUUGCGUUGAAUAGAUCAGCUGUCACAUCGUCUGGAGAAGUGUUUAGCAUCUCAGGAACUACAUAAAUAUUAUAUAGCUAUCUUAUGAGAUUCGUAGCGCGCCUUUUAAUAAAGACGAGCUGGAAUGCAGCCACUGUGGUUAUAUCAGCAGUCUGACCUGUGUGUUGACCCCCAGGCUGCCUGUUCAGACGGUAAGCUCUUCAACCACCUGGAGACGGUGUGGCGCUUCAGUCCUGGCCUCCCUGGCUACCCUCGCACCUGCACUGUUGACUUCUCUGUAAGUACCUCAACACACUGCACUGUGGGUGUACAGGUGUGGGUGUCAUGGUUUGUGUAUCUUAUGUGUGUCCAUAUACGGUUCAAGUCGGAAGUUUACAUGCACUUAGGUUGGAGUCAUUAAAACUUGUUGUUCAACCACUCCACACAUUUCUAGUUAACAAACUAUAGUUUUGGGAAGUCGGUUAGGACAUCUACUUUGUGCAUGACACAAGUAAUUUUUCCAACAAUUGUUUACAGACAGAUUAUUUCACUUAUAAUUCACUAUCACAAUUCCAGAGGGUCAGAAGUUUACAUACACUAAGUUGACUGUGCCUUUUUAAACAGCUUGGAAAAUUCCAGAAAAUAAUGUCAUGGCUUUAGAAGCUUCUGAUAGGCUAAUUGACAUAAUUUGAGUCAAUUGGAGGUGUACCUGUGGAUGUAUUUCAAGGCCUACCUUCAAACUCAGUGCCUCUGCUUGACAUCAUGGGAAAAUCAAAAGAAAUCAGCCAAGACCUCAGAAAAACAAUUGUAGACCUCCACAAGUCUGGUUCAUCCUUGGGAGCAAUUUCCAAACGCCUGAAGGUACCACAUUCAUCUGUACAAACAAUAGUACGCAAGUAUAAACUCCAUGGGGCCACGCAGCCAUCAUACCGCUCAGGAAGGAGACGCGCUCUGUCUCUUAGAGAUUAACGUACUUUGGUGUGAAAAGUGCAAAUCAAUCCCAGAACAACAGCAAAGGACCUUGUGAAGAUGCUGGAGGAAACGGGUACAAAAGUAUCUAUAUCCACAGUAAAACGAGUCCUAUAUCGACAUAACCUGAAAGGCCACUCAGCAAGGAAGAAGCCACUGCUCCAAAACCGCCAUAAAAAAGCCAGACUACGGUUUGCAACUGCACAUGGGGACAAAGAUCAUACUUUUUGGAAAAAUUUCCUCUGGUCUGAUGAAACAAAAAUAGAACUGUUUGGCCAUAAUGACCAUCGUUAUGUUUGGAGGAAAAAGGGUGUGGCUUGCAAGCCGAAGAACACCAUCCCAACCGUAAAGCACGGGGGUGGCAGCAUCAUGCUGUGGGGGUGCUUUGCUGCAGGAGGGACUGGUGCACUUCACAAAAUAGAUGGCAUCAUGAGGAAGGAAAAUGAUGUGGAUAUAUUGAAGCAACAUCUCAAGACAUCAGUCAGGAAGUUAAAGCUUGGUCGCAAAUGGGUCUUCCAAAUGGACAAUGACCCCAAGCAUACUUCCAAAGUUGUGGCAAAAUGGCUUAAGGACAACAAAGGCAAGGUAUUGGAGUGGCCAUCACAAAGCCCUGACUUCAAUCCUAUAGAAAAUGUGUGGGCAGAACUGAAAAAGCGUGUGCGAGCAAGGAGGCCUACAAACUUGACUCAGUUACACCAGCUCUGUCAGGAGGAAUGGGCCAAAAUUCACACAACUUAUUGUGGGAAUCUUGUGGAAGGCUAUCCGAAACAUUUAAACCCAAGUUAAACAAUUUAAAGGCAAUGCUACCAAAUACUAAUUUAGUGUAUGUAAACUUCUGGUAAUGUGAUGAAAGAAAUAAAAGCUGAAAUAAAUCAUUCUCUCUACUAUUAUUCUGACAUUUCACAUUCUUAAAAUAAAGUGGUGAUCCUAACUGACCUAAGACAGGGAAUCUUUACUAGGAUUAAAUGUCAGGAAUUGUGAAAAACUGAGGUUAAAUGUAUUUGGCUAAGGUGUAUGUAAACUUCCGACUUCAACUGUAUGUGUCUGCUUAAGAGCUAGCUAUCUAUUUCUGCUAUCUUUGGCACAGUUUUUCUCACACACAUGCAUGUAUACAAUAUCAUAUGUCUAGAUCACUUUCUCACCCAAACUCCCACUCUCCGUCUCUCCUCUCUCCAGAUCUCCUUUGAGUUCCGCUCCCUGCUGCAUUCCCAGCUGGCCACGGUUUUCUUUGACGAGGUGGUGAAGCAGAACGUGUCCGCAUUUGAGAGGCGGGCCGGUAAACUGUACGGAGCACAGACCAUGAUCCCCAGAGAGCUCAUGUUUCAUGAGGUCCACCACACGUAG